CGGAUGUUGGGUAUCAGGCUUCAUCUUGAUUGGUUGAGGGAGGACACGGUGGGAGAGGCGACUAGGCGCUGAUGAUCCACAGGCGCUCAGUUGCACCGCGUCCAUAGGGAGCACAGGCUGAUCCACCUCCUGCAGAGACCACCAUCCAGCAGACAGGACUCCGGACUCAUCGGGACCCCCUUCACCACUUCUGUCACGAGGAGGUCAGCUUUUGAUAAAUACCAGCUGAGGUGUAAGGGGUCAAGAUUUGGAAACUGAAGGACGAGCGAGGUCCGUAGCGGUUCCAAGGAAGAGUGACUUCCAAACGCUCUAUGUGGCUGCAAGUCAGCCUCCAGAGUCACGCUUUUCUGGAGCUCCCCGAGAAGUUCAUCCGGACGUGAUGGGGGAAGAAGAGCAGUGGUGAGGGGGUGCAGGGGGCUCCGAUGAGGAUAAACGCGAGGCCUGGGGAGACCAGGGGUGUGGUUUAAGAGGGGGAACCAGCUGAGGACUGCUUUUCAAUGUAAACAUACAGCGCCAUGCCAAGCUCGCACAGAAGGACCGGGACCCCACUCCUGCUUUUAAUCCUCUCUGCCGUCACCAACCACCAGGCAACAGCCUCAGUGCUCGAGAGCCUGAUCGCUAAACGUGGCGAAUACUGGGAGAAGUGCAACCGAACUCUGGCAGGAGGUGGACCCUCAACCAGCGGGAACUACUGCAAAGGGGCGUUCGACUUGUUUGUGUGCUGGCCCCACUCGUCUCCCGGAAACGUGUCCGUCCCUUGUCCUUCCUACUUGCCGUGGAUCAGCGAGGACAGCCCCAGGAGGGCACGCAGAGAGUGCCUGGAAAAUGGAAGAUGGCGACAGAGGGAGAACACCUCGGAGCCUUGGAGGGACGACUCGGAGUGCCAGAAGCUGGAAUACUUUAAAGACAAGGAGGAUGAAAUGCUUCGCCAGACAGCCCUGAGGCUCAUCUCUGUAAUAGGCUAUUCCCUGUCCCUGACCUCCCUCACACUGGCCACGCUGCUGAUGGGCGUGCUGAGGAAGCUGCACUGCACCAGGAACUACAUCCACAUGAACCUGUUCGUCUCGUUCAUCCUGCGAGCCCUGGCCGUCAUCUCGAAGGAGGCCGUCCUGUACGUCAUGUACUCGAACCUGCCGCAGGACGACUCCGGGUGGAACUCCUACUCGAGCUCCGCGAUCGCGUUCAUGUGCAAAUUCUCCAAAGUGUGCAUGGAGUACUUCGUGGCCUGUAACUACUUCUGGCUCUUGGUGGAGGCCGUCUUCUUGCACACGCUGCUCUUCACCGCGGUGCUGACCAAACGACGCCUGCUGAAGAAGUACAUGUUGCUGGGAUGGGGAACGCCGGUCUUGUUUGUGGCCCCUUGGACUGUGGUCAAGGUUCUAUAUGAAAACACAGAAUGCUGGUCCAUUGUGAACAGAUGGUUCUGGUGGAUAAUCCGGGGCCCCAUCACUUUAUCAGUGCUGGUCAUUUUCUUCAUAUUCAUCAAAAUCCUGAUGCUGCUGUUGUCCAAGCUGAAGGCAGAUCAGGUGAAAUUUACAGACUACAGAUACAGCUUGGCCAGAGCCACACUGGUGUUGAUUCCCCUGCUGGGGGUCCAUGAAGUGGUCUUCACUGUGCUAAUAGACGAAUGCGUGGAAGGCAACAGUCGCUACGCCAGAAACUUCAUCAACCUCACCCUCAGUUCGUUCCAGGGAUUCUUGGUAGCUGCACUCUACUGUUUCGCGAAUGCAGAGGUCCAAGCUGAGCUGAAGAAGCGCUGGCAGAUCUUCCUGUUCACCAACCGCUUCCAGGUCGCGAGCCGCUUCGGCGGCGCUCCCCUCAAGCACCUGUGGAAGCGCACGCGAGGGCGCCGGCCGCGGCGCUCGUACGACGAGGGCGGCGCGUCCGCCGUCCACCCGCACCUGCUCCAGGUGGCGGUGCACGGGGGCGGCGCCGUGCUGGCGCUGGGCGAGGUCAGAGGUCAGGGCCUGGCGGCCUGCGACGCAGCGGGACUCGAUUUCCUCACCAGGAAAAGCGUGUCCAGCAGCGACGGAGAGAUGACGCUUGGGGAGACCAUGGAGGAGGUUCUGGAGGAGAGCCAGUUCUGAACCCAUACACACACCUAGGACCCCACAAGCCCCCAAAGCCGCUGCUUUACUUCAAAUGAUGGUCAUUCGAUCACACAGUUAGUUACUUAGAGUAAACUGAACUACUGUAUAUUAUAUAUAGAGGGCUCAUAGUGUGAGUGCAGUUGUUUAGUCGCACCCUAAAGAACUGGUCACACCAAAAAACCAAUUAUGCUCACAUUUUGGUGAGCUGUGCGGCGUCUACUCCGCCUUUCGCCCAGCGCCAGUUGAGAUCGGACUCAGCAGAACCGCACCCUUAAAGAGGAAAACGAGGUGGCCGACGAUGUGCCGCUUUUGGGUAAUGAGAUGCGUUUGUAGCAUCAAAUUAGUUCGUCCAAGAGUGUGGACUUAGCGUCAAUCAGAGUCAGAGAUGUUUGAGAGUGUGUUGUUGGUUAAACAUCUGUAUCAAAGGUCAUUCGAGUUGCACAAAAAUGCCUCGUUGCCGUAGCUCAGGCCCAACAGUCAUGUAAACAGUUGUUUCUGCUACAGUCUCAGUAUACACAUCAAACACAUUCAUAUCGUGUUCAUUUAUGGAAACAGUGACCCAACAUAUAACAGGCCAGUUUUAUAUAUCCAUAUGAUGCAACAUCUGGAUUGAAGUGUGCAUAUAAAUACAAUGUAUUUGUUGUGUUCUUGUGAAUAUUUGUGAAUAAUGGGGCUCUGCUGUUCCGUAUGUGCAGCGGGUCUUUCUGCGUUUUUAUGUUUUUUCCAUUAACCCCCAGCUUUAAGUGUAGAACGGGCGUUGUUGUACAGUUUCUAUCACGUGUCCAUGCAGUCUCAUGAACCACGUACAGUGUGUGCACAAAUAAAGCAAAGUUACCUGGU